GUGUUAUCUCCUCCAUUCCAUGCCAUUCCAUCUCCAUUCCACUUCUGCCGCCUUCUCGUCAAAUCUCCAACUCAACGGAGAGGCAGAAGUAGAAGCGGAAGCAUGGCUCCUUCCUCCUCCUCCUUUCUCCCGUCGAAUCUUUUGGUGCUGCUCGGGCUGAGCCUCGCUGGCGUAAUCCUUAUGACGCGGCGCCUCCGGCGGCGCGUUCCGAAGGAGGACCUCGGCGCCUUCGUCCAGCGUCUCCAGAUUCUCCCACCGCCUCCGCCCCCGCCACCCAAGGCCCCCCACCCAUUGACCGGCCUCACCUUCGCCGUUGCCGACAUAUUUGAUAUUGAAGGAUAUGUGACUGGGUUUGGCAACCCGGACUGGGCAAGGACACAUGAAUUUGCAACGAGAACAUCUCCAAUUAUUUUGACUCUUGUGGAUGGUGGCGCUAGUUGUGUUGGAAAAACUGUCAUUGAUGAGUUAGCAUAUGGCAUAAGUGGUGAAAACAAACAUUACGAUACGCCUGAGAAUCCUUCAUCUCCUGAGCGAGUACCAGGAGGAUGUUCAAGUGGGUCAGCUGUAGCUGUUGCUAGUGGCUUGGUAGACUUCUCCUUGGGUGUUGACGCUGUUGGUGGAGUGAGAAUACCCGGGGGAUAUUGUGGCAUUUUAGCUUUCCGGCCUUCUUAUGGUGUUAUUUCUAAUAUGGGUGUUAUUCCUGUUUCCCCUAGCCUGGACACAGUUGGAUUAUUCUCCAAGGAUCCAAAUGUGUUGCAUCGGGUAGCUCAUAUACUGCUCCAGCUUCCAUAUGGCGGUUUGCACCAACCUAGAAGUAUGAUCAUUGCAGAUGACUGUUUUGAACUGUUGAAGAUACCAGCGAGUAGAGUGACUCAGGUGCUGGUCAAAUCUGUAGAGAAGCAGUUUGGAAGGCGACUUCUAAAGCAUCUAAAUCUUGGAGAUUAUUUGUCUUCAAGAAUCGAUAGUUUGAAGCAUCUUCAAAAUGGAAAAAAGAAUGAUGAGUCAACAAGCACACUCUUAUCACUUGCAAAUGCUAUGCGAUCACUUUAUAACCAUGAGUUUAGGAAUAGCCAUGACGAGUGGAUCAGCUCUACUAAGCCUGUCCUAGAUCCUUUUAUAUCAGCACAAAUAAAUAGAUCGUCAGACAAUACACUUGCACUUGAUUGUUGCCAUUCUGCAAGAGAUAAGACACGCUUGGCCCUAUAUUCUCUUCUAAAGGAUGAUGGCAUACUUGUUAUACCUACAGUGUUAGGACUUCCUCCAAAGCUUAAUGCAAAGGAAAUAUCAUCAGAAAAAUAUCUUUCUUAUACAUUUUGCCUGUCUUCUGUUGCUAGUAUGGCAGGUUGUUGUCAGGUCACUAUCCCCAUAGGAAUACAUGAAAAAACUCCAGUCUCACUUUCCUUCAUUGCCAGGCAUGGAGCAGACUCCCUCUUGCUAGAUACUGUCAAGUCAAUGUAUUCUAUUUUACAGGAACAAGCUAAUAUAGCAUCCAAGUCCAGCUUUUCAAAAAGCAGCAUUAGCAAGGAAGAAUCUGCUGAAAUUGCAAAAGAAAAAGGUAAUGCUGCUUACAAAGAUAAGCAAUGGCAAAAAGCUAUAAAUCUAUACACCGACGCAAUCCAACUUAACGAAAAGAGUGCAACAUACCAUAGUAAUCGAGCUGCUGCAUAUCUGGAAUUGGGAAGUUACCUUCAAGCUGAAGCGGAUUGCACUGCUGCUAUCAACCUUGACAAAAAGAAUGUUAAAGCAUAUCUACGAAGGGGAACUGCCAGGGAGAUGUUGGGCUACUAUAAAGAAGCAAUUGAAGAUUUCAAGUAUGCUCUGGUCCUGGAACCAACAAACAAAACAGCAACAAAUGCUGUCAAUAGGCUAAAGAACGUGUUUCCCUAGAUCUUAGACUACACGAACUUCCAGCAUUUGAAGUACUUACAGAUUUUGAUAGCCCGCUGUCGAUGAAUGAUACGGGUUCCAGCUGUGUUCCUUGCAAGAGUGCUGCACCAGUCAUAACAUGAAUGCACAUGAAAUGUGCCCCAAUGGUACAGUGCUAUAGUUGUGCUGGUGGAGGUGCCUCAGUUUUGCAAUAGCUCCGUUGUCCGAUGACAGUAAAUAUUUUCAUAUUAUCUGCCCUUUUUGAUGAUUAUCUCUUUGUUUUUUGAAUCUAGACUCAUUUUUAGCUGCUGUUAAGUGGGAGCGCUAUAGUUGAAUAAAAUUUAAGACUUAUUUCUUAUAA